UCCACCAUUAAUAGGCAAAGAAACAAUCCCAUUCUCUCCAUUUCUCUCACACAUCCUUCCUCCUAUCCACCCUCAUUACCCAUCCGAGACCACCUCGAGAAAGAAAAUCACAAUCCAAUGGCAUGCAUAGACACGUACAAUUCCGACCAGCCUCAGUACAAGGGCGUACCGAUGAGCCCGAGGAUCUCCUUCUCCAACGACUUCGUCGACCCGAACUAUUCGACGAAGCAAGAUGCAACGAGGGGUCCCAGAUCAGAAGCUGCAGCAGCCGCAUCCGCAGACUUUGAGUUCUUCUCACAGUCGUCGUCAUCGUCGGUUGCGAGCUUCUCCAUGAUGAGCGCGGACGAGCUCUUCUUCAAGGGAAGGCUGUUGCCUCUUAAGGACGCGAUAUUCCCAAAGAUGACUCUGAGAGAUGAGCUUCUGAUGAAUGAGGAUGAAGAUGAUGAUGGCGUGUUUGUGAAACCCCCAAAGGGGGCAAGCGCUAGGUGGAGGGGGAUCCUGGGCCUGAAGAAGACGAGCCACACUGCGUCCAAGAGAUCAGUCGAGACGAUCGGCGAUGAGAAAUUUGUUGAGUUUGAAUUCAACAGUGACAAGUGUGAUCUGGCCUCAGAUGAUCAGAAGAUUAUCACUCCUGGCAAGGCAUCACCGGGAGCGAUGAAUCAUGGAGGCUCGGGCCGCAGAGACACUAAGAUGGUAUUAUAGGAGAUUCAGCUGGUGUGGUUGGGUUGCCUUGUGUUUCGGUGGUGUGAUUCACUGCUCGUUCUGAAGUUAGUGUAAGUCACGUUUGGACAAGAUUGGAGAUGUCAAUGUUUGGAUCAUCCCUGUCGCAUUAGCACUUUGAGGGGGUCUUUUCUUUUCUUUCUUUUUUCUCCUUUUGUAUGGGGGGCUUUUAAUUUUUCCUCUUCGAAUUGAGUGGAGAUGUGCCAAUGUAAAUUAUCUCUUUAUUUUGUCAAUGAAUGUGCAAAUCUGAUUACCGUGAAAA